AUGACUUUUGAUGUAAAUGAGUUUGUUCAGUCACCAUCAGUGGAAAUACUGAAUGAGUUGCGUAAAUGUGAUUUGUUAAAAGUCGCAGAAUAUUUCAAAAUUAGCGUGAGAGUUGGUUUGAGAAAGAAUGAAAUCAGGAAUGAAAUAAUCAAGUAUAUGGUUGAAAGAGAUAUGCUCGAUAUGUCUGCUUUAACUCAUGUUGAGGAUACAGGGAAUGCGUGGCAUGAACAUGCACAUAUGAUUAGACUGAAAGAACUUGAGCUUGAGAAUGAAUUUCGAAUGAGAGAGUUAGAAAUUCAGAGAGAACUUAAACUGAAAGAGCUGGAAAUGAGGGCUUUAAGUUCGGGAUGGCCUAAGGAAUAUUGGACGGUGCUCUUUCAGUCUGUCUUAGUAGGAAAAGCUCAGGAUAUAUACAUGUGCAUGCCAGUUGAUGAGUGCGGCGACUACGAGAAAGUUAAAAGCGCUAUAUUAAAAGGAUACGAGUUAGUACCUGAGGCCUACAGAUUGAAAUUCCGUAGUUUGCGUAAGACUGAAUGUCAGAAUUAUCUUGAAUUUGCAAGGGAAAAAGCUGAUUUAUUUAUACGUUGGUGUGAAAGUGAGAGAAUCUUUAAGGACUAUGAUAAAUUAUGUCAACUAUUGCUUGUGGAAGAAUUUAAGAAAUGUGUGCCUGAAAGAAUUAGAAUUUAUUUGAAUGAAAACAGAGUGAAUGAUUUAGACAGAACAGCUCGUAUGGCAGAAGAUUUUUCUCUUAUACAUAAGCCAACUAGUAUCGAAGGACAGAGGAAAGAUAACUUUACAAAGGGUAAUAUGUCACCACAAUCGUCUCCACCGACAGGUAAUAUAAAUGAAUAUAAAAAGGGCACGGCCAGCCCUGGCCAGAGUUCCAAUGGUAAUAAGAGAAGACCCAUUAGGUGUUUUAAUUGUAAUCUUUUGGGGCAUACUAAGAGUAAUUGUUGGUUUCUUAAAGAGAGACGCUCCAAGGAUGUUCCAACAGCUCUUGCCAGUGUUAGGGAUUCAGAUGAUAUAAACCUUAAUAAUAAUGUCCACAGUAUAGGGAAAGUAAGAGCAGAAUUCCGACCCUUUUGUUCAAAGGGGACGGUAUCCAUGGUCGGUGAAGAAGGUAGCGAGAAGCCUGUGAUUGUAUUCAGAGAUACAGGUUCUUUAAUGUCUUUAAUGUUAGAAGGUAUGCUACCUCUAUCAAAGGAAUCCUCGGUUGGCGCUAAUGCUAUAUUAGCUGGAAUCGAGUGUGGACAAAUGAGUGUUCCUCUUCACCGUGUUCAUUUAAAAUGUGACUAUAUUGACAUGGAUAUUAUAGUCGGAGUAGUGUCUAAGUUUCCUCUUGAAGGGGUUUCAUUUAUUCUCGCAAAUGACCUGGCAAAAGAAAAGGUGUUUUGUGGCAUAAAUAAUCCUAUUGUUCUGAGUGCCCCAGAUCUGGACUGCAGCAGUGUGCAACUGGAUGAGUCGGAGAUGUACCCGGCAUGUGCGGUUACCAGAGCAAUGAGGAGAGUGGUGGAAAUGAGUCGUGAGGACGAGAAGAGACAAGGUAGUGUGACCACUGUGAGUGAAAACCAGAUUGAAAAACUACAGGUAUGUGACGAUGUGGAGGAAGACUUUAGUAAGGAUUUAAACUCGUUGUUUUGCCAUGAAUCUGAUAACAGUGAGGUUGCGGACGAGCUGAGUACUUGCUCCGUAGAGAGGAAGAAUUUAAUAGAUCAGCAAAAAGUGGAUGCGGAAUUACGUAAGAUUGCUGAGUCAGCUCUGAUAGAUACCGAAAUAUCGGAUGUUCCCACGGGUUAUUAUAAGAAGGAUGGCAUUCUAAUGAGGAAAUGGAGACCUUCACAUGUGUCUGCUGGGGACGAUUGGCUCACGGUGCAUCAGAUUGUCAUACCGCGAUCCUAUAGGAGACAGAUACUGAGUUUAGCUCACGACUCGCCAAUGGCAGGACAUCUUGGUAUUAAUAAAACUUGUAAUAGGAUACAGAAAUAUUUUUACUGGCCGGGUAUGAGGAAAGACGUAGCACUUUACUGUAAGACGUGUCAUAACUGUCAGGUGGUCGGCAAACCGAAUCAGAAAAUCACUGCCGCCCCGCUGUACCCGAUACCCGCGAUGUCUGAGCCAUUUAGCAAAGUUAUUGUAGACUGUGUGGGUCCUCUUCCGAAGACCAAGGCUGGUAAUGCAUAUCUCUUGACGAUAAUGUGCCAGACGACUCGCUAUCCUGAAGCGAUUCCUUUAAGGAAAAUAAGUACUUCUGCAAUUGUGAAGGCUUUAACUAAAUUUUUCACCACGUAUGGGUUACCUCAGUUUGUUCAGACAGAUCAGGGCAGUAAUUUCUUAUCUGGGGUCUUUCAACAAACAAUGAAACUCUUAGGGAUUCAACAUCAGAUUUCAAGUGCCUAUCAUCCCGAAUCCCAAGGCGCAGUAGAAAGGUUUCACCAAACUCUUAAGAAUAUCAGAACUUACUGCUAUGACACAGAAAAAGAGUGGGAUGAAGGUAUAUCCGUGUUACUGUUUGCGGUCAGAGAGUGUGUUCAGGAGUCUUUAGGAUUUAGUCCAUUCGAACUAGUCUUCGGCCACGAAGUCCGAGGUCCCCUCAGGCUUUUGAGAGAAAAGUGGUUGAGUAGUGAGGGUGACUCAAACAUUUUAAAGUACGUGAUGGAUUUUCGAUGUAGACUAACUAAAGCUUGUGAACUGGCAAGAGCAAAUCUAAGUGAGGCCCAGAGACGCAUGAAGUCGUGGUACGAUAAGAAUACUAGACCUCGAUCUUUCUCCUCAGGGGAUAAAGUGCUGGUCUUCUUACCUGUGCCUGGCCCAUCGCUAAAAGCACGGUACUUUGGUCCUUAUGUCGUAGAGAGAAAGAUUAGUAACUUAAACUAUGUUGUACAAACUCCUGGUAGACGUAAGAAGUCGCGAUUGUGUCACAUUAAUCAGAUGAGACCAUAUUUUGAACGUAAUGAUUUUCCUAUGAGUGAAAAUAAGGGUGAAAGUGCAGAAAUUCUGGUGACUCAAAUUAUAGACACUGUGAAAGCAUGUAAUGGGAAGGAUGAUGAUUCUCUAGAUAGUGUGCCUCACUCUAAAUUGUGUAACUCAGAAAUUUUGAAUGACUUAACAUGUAAGAUUAAACAUUUAUCAGAACCUCUGCAAGAUGUUUUAGUCUGCUGCAUGAGUACUCCAUUUGUUCUCUGA